CUCCUCCACAUGGCCAGUGGUGCUAUGUGACUGUUAAUAAAGGUGCAUUAAGGUUUUUGUUGGAUGAUCCCCCAUUGUUCGUCUGACCGCCCGGCGCAAGGUUCCUAUUUCAGCGAUCCAUCGGUUUUCCGCUCCGUUCCAUGCUCUUCUAUUUUCUUUAAUAGUUUACAGUCUAUUUUUCUAUUGAACGAGAAUUCUCAAUGUUGGUGACCGAUGCAUGUUCCUUGUCGGAUGACGGCCGAUAUAUUCUAGUAUACAGUGGACCAGGGACCUCGCCCAACUCGGUGCACCAUAUUUUUGCCACCAUCAAGACCAUGUUCGGCCAAACGUACAAUAUCCGAUCAGUGGACGCUCGAUUGCUGCGAUUGGAAUCUUGGGAAAAGUACUGUGCGAUGCUGGUCAUGCCAGGUGGCCGAGAUUUACCCUAUUGCGAAGAACUCGACGGCAAAGCGAACGACAGAAUUCGUCACUAUGUGGAACAAGGCGGUCGUUACUUAGGUAUCUGUGCGGGUGCUUAUUAUGGAUGUGCGACCAUCGAAUUCGAAAAAGGUCGACCGUAUAUGGAAGUAUGUGGCAGCCGUGAGCUGGGUUUUUUCCCCGGUCUGUCUCGAGGAAGUAUGUUUCCUGGGUUUGUCUACAACACUGAACAUGGAGCUCGAGCGGUGGAGAUGCAAAUUUGUGAGGAAGCCUUCCGUGGUAACCAAAUGGACCCUGCUGACCUUCCAGAAACCGUAACUACGUACUACAAUGGAGGAGGCUAUUUUGCUCACGCGGAUCGGUACGAGGGCGUGGACAUUUUAGCACGGUUUAUGGACCGUGGUAUUUGCACAGACGAAACAUCGUGUCCAGCUGCGGCCAUCUAUUGUCAAAGAGGCUUUGGCCAUGUUGUCCUCAUCUCCACUCAUCCGGAAUACAGUAUACUGUCCAUCGACGGAAGAUUGCUUCCAACCAUGUUUACAACCACCGAAGAUCGUCUCAUGUAUGAAGCAAAGCGGAAAUCCUUCCUUCAAGCCGUCUUUCAAAAGAUGAAUCUGUACCCAUAACUCACCCACAUCCUACAAUUUCAGCCCUCAUACUUGGCCGUUUUAACCGAUCCUCAAUAUUAUAUACCGAUAGAAUGAGAUAUUUAUUGGUUGCUGGUCCACCAAUACCGUUCUUGUUCUCCAUUUUUCCUCGGUUCAUUUAGCGUAAAUAAAUCACUGUUGUUUGAUACCAUAACAACCAUUGAGCCACAUCAUAUGACUCUCAGUUAAAAUCUAUCUCCACCUAUGCAGCACCGGAUCUACAGCACAACUUGCCUCCUUGUUAGCAAGCAGAGAUUGGAUGAAUUGAUCAUUUGGUGAUAAAAAUGCUCAAACAAGGAAAGAUGAGGAGAAAAAUC